AACGUCACAUUGAUGUCAAUUUGAACUUGUGUAAUUCUUUCAAGAAUCAUACCAAAUACAAACAAUUAACUACAUUAUAGAAAUAUCAAUUAUGUGAUAAACCUUGCAUUUUAAGAAGAAAGCAUAACAAUGAACUCUCUUCACAACACAAUUAAACAAUUUCGCCUUCUCAACAUCAGCACAGCGUUAAAAACUAUAUCGGAAUGUAAACCGGUGGUGCCUAAUGUUGUAAAAGUUAGGAACGACCUGAUUUCUAAUCCGAAAGUUCUAUCUUUCGCUCCAAGGAGUAUUGGAGUAGAAAUAAUUGAUAAGUCUAGAGAGAACAGUAUAAAACAGGAUCCAAUUCCUUACAUACCCAUCGUGAACCCUCGUUCCAUCCUGCCGUUGCUAGAUGAACAAUGGAGGAAGGAUGAAAUUGGUCUGCCGUCUAUAAGGAAUGAAGAGAUACAGGCUGCAAGGUUGAUUGUCAUUAGAAGGAAGAAGAUGAAGAAGCAUCAAAGAAGGAAGCUCUGGAAGAAAAUGAGAUAUACUUGGGCUAGGAUCAAGCAACACCGUCGUCAAACCAAAGAGAAGACCUUCCAGAACUCCCUUUUGGCUAUGGUGAAGCAAGCCAACGAGUUCUCCGCAGAACAGUAUGUUAAUGAGAAGAUUCAGAAAGCCAACCACACCCCGCUACCGACCCGCUGGAGACACAAACGCUUGCCCGAGUUCAUCAUUAGACAACUGCUUGGAAUUGAUAAGAAGAUUAACUAUAAACAUACUGAUGUGUAUAAAGCAUAGAUUGAUUUAUUAAGGAAUAUAGUAGUGUUAUAAA